UUCUCUUCUCCACCUCCCCUCCCCCCAAUCCCACAAACAAACAAACAAUCAAAUCCAUACCCACAACCAGCCAACACCCAAGGAAUGGCUGACAGACAGUCUGCAUAUACCGUCAGCCUGUUCGGCACCCAGGCUGGCGACGAUCACCAGGAUGGCGGCUCCCCGUCCCGUGUGCAGCAGGCCCUCGUCGACUUUGUCAUGGACUUCCACCUGGACAAUGUCUUCAUCUACAGAGACCAGAUCCGGGAGAAUGUGCUGGUCAAGCAAUAUUAUUGCGACAUCGACAUUGCCCAUCUCAUCUCAUACGACGAGGAGCUAGCCCACAAGCUUUCUCAAGACCCGGCAGACAUCAUUCCCCUGUUCGAAGCCGCCCUCAAGAUAUGCACACAACGCAUCGUCUAUCCCUCACAACGCACAAUCAAACUUCCAGAGCACCAGCUGCUCUUGCACUCGGCCGCGUCCGAGCUCUCCAUUCGCGAUCUCACAGCCGCCAGCGUCUCGCGCUUGGUCAGAAUACCUGGCAUCAUCAUCGGUGCCUCCACUCUAUCCUCAAAAUCCACAGCUCUUGCCAUCCGAUGUCGAAACUGCCAACACGAAGAGGUUCUGCCUGUUUCGGGAGGGUUUUCAGGUGUCUCGCUCCCGCGAACAUGCAGCGGCGCAAGAGCAGAAGGCGACAACUCGGAGAAAUGCCCCCUGGAUCCAUACUAUGUCAUGCACGAACGCUGCCAGUUCAUUGAUCAGCAAGUCCUCAAGAUGCAAGAGGCUCCUGAUCAGGUGCCUGUGGGAGAAUUGCCGCGUCACAUCAUGGUCUCGGCUGACCGAUAUCUGGCGAAUCGCGUUGUCCCCGGUACACGUUGCACUGUAAUGGGCAUUUUCUCAAUCUACCAGGCAAAAGGCUCCAAGCGAUCUGGAAAUGCAGCCGUCGCUAUCCGUAAUCCAUAUAUCCGCGCUGUAGGUAUCCACGCUGAUGUCGAUCACACUACCAAGGGUAAUGCCACUUUCACAGAAGAGGAGGAACAGGAAUUUCUCGAAAUGAGCCGACGACCUGACAUUUACGAGGUCUUUGCGAACUGCAUAGCGCCUUCCAUCUACGGCAACAAGGAUAUCAAGAAAGCGAUUGCGUGUCUGUUAAUGGGUGGCUCCAAGAAGAUCCUACCCGAUGGAAUGAAGCUGCGUGGAGACAUCAAUGUUUUACUGCUAGGUGAUCCUGGUACAGCCAAAUCCCAAUUGCUCAAGUUUGUAGAGAAGGCCGCUCCAAUAUCCGUCUAUACAUCUGGAAAGGGAUCGUCUGCAGCCGGUUUGACUGCAUCUGUGCAGCGCGACCACAACACACGGGAGUUUUAUCUGGAAGGAGGCGCGAUGGUGCUUGCCGACGGGGGUGUAGUCUGCAUUGAUGAGUUUGACAAGAUGCGAGACGAGGACCGGGUCGCUAUCCACGAAGCCAUGGAACAACAAACCAUCUCCAUCGCCAAAGCAGGAAUUACAACCAUUCUCAAUUCGCGGACGUCGGUCCUUGCAGCUGCCAAUCCCAUUUUCGGACGCUACGAUGAUAUGAAGACGCCUGGCGAGAACAUCGAUUUCCAAACCACCAUCUUGUCUCGUUUUGACAUGAUCUUCAUUGUGCGCGACGAACAUGAGCGAGGACGAGACGAACGAAUCGCAAAACACGUAAUGAACAUUGCAAUGGGUGGACACGGUGUCGAGGAAACGGUGCAGGCCGAGAUACCCAUUGAGAAGAUGAAGCGCUACGUGACCUACUGCAGACAGCGGUGUGCCCCACGCCUGUCGCCUGAGUCGGCGGAGAAAUUAAGCUCGCAUUUUGUGAGCAUUCGGCGACAAGUACAUGCGUCGGAGAUGAAUGCGAACCAGAGGUCUUCGAUUCCUAUCACGGUGCGUCAACUUGAAGCCAUCAUUCGCAUCACAGAGUCUCUUGCCAAGCUCUCCUUAUCGCCCAUCGCCACGGAAGCACAUGUAGACGAAGCCAUCCGGCUAUUCCUCGCAUCAACCAUGGAUGCUGUGAACCAAGGUGAAGGCCAAGCCUCCAAAGAGCUCAUGGACGAAGUCAACAAAGUCGAAGAAGAGCUCCGACGGCGUAUGCCUAUUGGCUGGCAAGUCAACUUAUCCACACUGAAACGCGAAAUGGUGGAUGGCAAGGGAUAUUCGGAACAGGCACUAGGCCGGGCCCUGCAUGUCAUGGCUGCACGAGAAACCAUCAGAUGGCGACAUGGCGGUAGUGUUGUAUUCAGGAGUAGUGCAUAG